UCCAGUAGUUUGUGAGUCUGUUUCAGCUGUAGCCACUUAGAAAUGUGGUGUGAGUAAAUUCGCUUUUAAACAAACAUUUAAUUAUACCACAUUUUAUAUGAGCGUGUUUUAAGACUAAAAGAACCACUUGUUCUUUUGUGCUGCGCUCGUUACGUGCAGCGGUGCUUCAGCUGUCAGUGGCGGGAAGUGUUGUUUUCUCUCAGGAUGGUUCUAAUAAAGUUUCCCGCCGCGGUGUGUGUCGUGGCGCUGUUGUGUGAGUGGGUUCGGUUCGGCCUGGGCUGUUCGGGGCUGCUGCUGUGCCGCUCCUGCGGGCACGAGGUGGCGGAAGACACGGACCUGAGGUUCGUGCCCAGCCGCCUGGCACUGUCGCACCGGAACGACACGGUGAUCGGAGGGAAACGCGUCUCCGUUCAGCUCUUCGAGAAUCCGCAAGGCUUCCAGUUUGAAGUCGUGACUUUUAAGCGAGCAGAUGUGCUGAAACACUGGCCGGCGGACAGUCACUUCACCUGGUAUCCGGGUCUCGCAUGGACCGUCGCCACCUGCCCGCGGUGCAAAACACACCUAGGUUGGGCAUUUCAGCCCAGUGACUGGCCCAAGACGGUGACCCGAGAAGAAUUUGAAGGUUCGGACCAAACAUUUGUGGCGCUCAUAGUUGACAGACUUCUUCAAGAACACUUUGCAUCCACACUGCUGAUGACACCAAAAUCUUUUAGAAGUUGACACUUAGCAAAACCACACUUUAUGCCAUUUAAUAAAGCUAUUUUUAUGGGGAAUAUUUUAUGUGA